AUGAAGAGAAAAAGGGAGAGAAAAACCAUGGGAGAGGAAGAGAAAAGGAUUGAAAAUUUUGCUCUUUUUUUUGGCAUAGUUUUGUUGCACUUUGAGGGAGGAAAAGAAAGCUUUUUGCUGCAAUUUUUGGAGGAAGAAAAAGCUGAAAUUUUUGAGCUAGAAAUUUUGGAGGUUUUGCUGCCAUUAAAGGGCAGCAAAGUGCUGCCAAUUUGUGCAAAAAAAUUGUGCAGAAAAAUUGGAGCUGUUUGUGCAGAAAAAAUUGGAGUUGUUUGCUGUAGAAAAAUUAGAGCUGUUUGUGCAGAAAAAUUGGACAGCAUUGUGCUGCCAAUUUGAGGGAGAAAAAGCAGCUUGGUGCUGCCAAAUUUUUGAGGAAAAGAGAGCUGAAAGUGCUGCCACCGAAGGAGGAAGAAAACGACCCAAGGAAGAGAGGAAGCCACGGUGGUGAAGAGAG